AAAGUGUUGUCCGGACUGGAAGGGGGGGGUGUCCGGAAGGUGGAAGGGGGAAAGUGUCCGGACUGGAAGGGGGGGGGGGGAAAGUGUCCGGACUGGAAAGGGGGGGUGAAAGUGUCCGGACUGGAAGGGGGUGAAAGGGGAAAGUGUCCGGACUGGAAGGGGGGGGGGGAAAGUGUCCGGACUGGAAGGGGGGGAAAGUGUCCCGGACUGGAAGGGGGGGGAAAGUGUCCGGGGGGGGAAGGGGGGGAAAGUGUCCGGACUGGAAGGGGGGGAAAGUGUCCGGACUGGAAGGGGGGUGUCCGGACUGGAAGGGGGGAAAGUGUCCGGACUGGAAGGGGGGGAAGUGUCCGGACUGGAAGGGGGGGAAGUGUCCGGACUGGAAGGGGGGGAAAGUGUCCGGACUGGAAGGGGGGGAAGUGUCCGGACUGGAAGGGGGGGAAAGGGUUCCGGACUGGAAGGGGGGGAAAGUGGUCCUCGGAACCUGUCCGGACUGGAAGGGGGGAAGUGUCCGGACUGGAA